CUCUUCAGUUCAGCACAGAAACUGGUAGAGCGAACGUGCCUCCUCCUCUCUCUUUAUACACCCACGCAACAACCAAUCCGCACUCCCACGCAAACAAACACAGCAUUUGUUGCAACAGUAGUCCCAUCACCUUGGUUACAAAACAUACGAAUUAAAUCGAUAGCAAGAAAAGUGGUUCGGGUCAGUGGUAGUACUAUUUAGAUAGAAGCUUUUCGAACAAAGUAUUUUUUACCAAGUGCUUCUCUCAGUGAUCGUUUUACCGGAAGUUUUUUUUACCUCCAAUUGGAGAGGGAUGUGCCUUUAAAGUUUAGCAACUUAUUGCGAAGGACUAAACGCGACGACGACAUACAGGAUGAAAGGAUUCGGAUUGAUUUCGACGGUCAUCCUCGUCGUUUCCGUCAUCGGUGGGAACCGAGGACUGGAAAUGAAGAACGGAGCCUACGAGGAUUUCGUGGUCACGGUCUCUGAGUCCGUGCCGGUUACCGAUUGCGAAGAGAUCCUCAACAAUCUCGAGGCAACCCUUACAAGUGCAUCGAAAUACCUGUUUUCCGCCCUCGACAGCCGCGCCUUUAUUCGUUCGGCCACAGUGCUGCUUCCGGCUACCUGGCCCGACACUUGCGUGCCCUCCACGAAAUGGGUCACUUCCGGUUCCGGCGAGACCAGCGAUGUGACGGUCCAAGCUACCGGUCCGACUCGAGGACGCCUCUGGACACAACAAUCUGCAGGAUGCGGCAUGAACGGCGAUCAGAUUUAUCUGGGCUACGAAGCACUGGAGCAGAAGGACGAUUCUCUGGCACGUUCUUUGGUGAAGGAGUUCGCGAUGUACCGUUACGGCGUGUUCGAGGAGCAAGGAUACUUCAACGAUCCGAUCUAUCCGAUCUGCUACAACGACGACUCCUCUCAAACCCUCAAAGUCAGCGGCUGCUCCGACCUCCCCAUCUCCGACAAUGGAAUUUGUGAUGGAUCUUCUAAGGAUUACAACACCACCAAGAUGGUCGACGAGAGGGCUAGGGUAUCAAUCAUGUUUGCUCCAGAAGCCGAAUCAGUUUCUCUAUUCUGCGACACAUUCAAUCACGAUUCCUACGCUCCAACUAAGCAUAAUCUGAUGUGCGAGAGGAAAAGCACCUCCGAGGUGAUCUUCAACCAUUCGGACUUCUCCAGCGAGAACUUGGCUAAUCACAGCAACAGCUACAUCAUAAACACCACGCCGCUGAUCAACUACAAGAGACACAACAUCACGCGCUUCGUGCUCGUCAUAGAGAACUCCAAAGAUAUGGUGCAACGCGAAUCCUGGGACUUUUUACGCAAAGCCAUCAGGAAGUGGUCUUUUGAAUUACCCGAAAACGUCGAAGCUGGAUUGGUCAUGACGAACGGAAGCGGUGCCACCAAGUUCUUAAAUUUAGUCCAGAUGAAACUGAACAACCGUGAUCUAUUCUCUUCCGCUAUUCCGUACAAUCCAAUUGAUUCCUCUCAAACGCCGUGUCUGCAUUGCGGGAUUAAAGAGGCGGUGGAUAUGCUGAAUGCACAGAAAUCGCCGGCUAGUAACGUUAUCAUCGUGAUCGCACCAGGCAUGAACUGGAACAACAAUUUGAAAAUUGCCACCGGGGAAGCGGCGGAUGCGAAGAUCAGGAUUACUACCAUCAAUUAUCCGGAUUUGAUACGCGACCAAAGCCUGGAUUCACUCGCAAAAUCCACUGGCGGUAUAUCGUACACUGUCAUCGAAAACAAAGUCAACGUUGACAACAGCUUGCUGACAACGUAUUUCCAGUUAUCGAACGUACUCUACAAUAUAAUCGAGAAUUACUGCGAUGACAAUCUACCAAUGGAAAUACACAGAAGGGAGAUCCGCAACGACAGGAAUUCGAUAACUGGAAGCUUUGUGUUGGAUGAGAACAUGGGCGAACCGGCCAGUCUGAAACUUUAUACUCAUAACAACGCCCGUCCGAUGAUCAAGAAUUUGGUGUUGACCAGUCCAAGUCAAGAGGUUUUUAGCAGAUACAGCGACAGCCAACUGACGUACAACGUUAUGACUAUCAUUGCAAACAUCUCCGAACCAGGCACCUGGACAUACACCAUCGAGCCGUACCCAGGAAAUCCUCAACCACACAUUCUUCAAGUGAUGGCCACACCGAAAUCAAAAUUCGCAAAGAUAGUACGCGCUCGAUUCUGGACUUCUCCUAAAGCACCGUUGAUCCUUUACGCCGAAAUCAAACACGGAGAUUACCCGGUUAUGGGAGCGAAAGUGGAGGUGCUGGUCACCAAAUCCGAAACGAAUGGAACUAUUAUUUACAAUGAAACCUUUGAACUUUUGGACACUGGAAGCGGAGAUCCUGACAUCACUAAAGGCGAUGGUAUUUAUACAAGAUACUUCAGCGCAACAGCAGGAGGCCCCGGACUUUACACAUUCCAAGUUACAACCAGCGACAAUGGAAACACCGCAUACAGUUGGAUGGAAUCUUCAAGCAACGAAGAAGGAAAACCUUGUUGCGGCAGCACCAUUCGCACUUCAAACGUCGAAACCAUCAACCCGUUCCAACGCGUUUUACCUCCCAAAACUCUGGAAAUUACGAGCCAGGAUAUUUUGGCUGCCAGCCAGGCCAACGUCGGUCGCAUCGGAGAUUUAAAAGUGCAAGUCGUUCCGGAAGAUAUGAAGGCUCGUCUAUCCUGGACUUCCCCCGACAUGGGUGGCCACAACGUCGCCAGAUACGAAGUAAAGUACGCUUAUUCUCUGAAGGACAUCGUAGAUGGUUUCGAUACCGCAGCUAUUGUUUGGGAAAAGAACCGUCAGCCGCUUUCCAUCUUACCACCAGGGUCUGAUACUCCCUUCACCAUCGAUAUGUCUAACGAGAACGAGCUGUUGGAUAAACCAUUGUACUUUGCUGUUAGGGCUUAUGCUCACGCAGAUUCUAAACCUGGUGCAAUCUCAAAUUGGGUCCGUGUCUUGGUUCCAUCUCCACCACCACCACCAACCGUUCCAACCAGUUUCACCACAAACGAAUCCUCUUGGCCUUUCCAAGUUAACACUGGUAUUUCCGAAAACACAGGACCAAGUAUUUCGAAGAGCAUGAGCUUCGGCAUCGAGAUUAUCUUACCCAUCGUUAUCGGAAUUAUUUUCUUGAUAAUCAUUCUCAUCCUGUACUGUUACUUCUGCGUUGUUAAGAGGAAAGAAAGGAACGACCACAAAUCGCAAAAGACUGACAAACUGAAUUCGACUAUUACCAUCGUGCCUUCAUCUCCAGCAAAUAUGCCCAUAAAUAACCAAGAGACUUACGCCGACGAUUAUCCAGAUCACCACGCUGUUGGCAUUCCGGUUAAUAACUACGCGUACGAGGAUGAGCCAAAGAAGAGGUAUUCUCUGGUCCAGCAACAAGAGCAGCAGCUGAUUGAAGAACUGAAGCAACAGCAGAUCCAAAGAGACCAAAUGAACGGAACGCCGAACAAUUAUGGAGCGUUGAGCGUCAUCUCCAGCAACACUCUUCAACGUGGACACACCCUGAGUCCGUACAAUUCAUGGAGCGCCACACAGCUGCUCCACGAGCACGAACGUAGGCAGAGUCCGAUGGAACAUAUGCUUCUUCAAGAUGAACAACAUCAGGAUGCUCUAUCACAGCUCGAACACAUGUCCAUCCAUUUACCGCCCCAGCAAAUUCCCCCAGAGCAUUACAUGCAAGGACACGUCCCACCACCAGUUCCUCCACUACCAGCCUUCAACCAGAACGGAUACCCAGUGAACUACCAAAUCUACGGCGUUCAGCAACCUCCUCAGCAACAACCAAUCUAUCAAACGAUGCAACGCACCAACGAGACCAUCAUCACAGCUGCAGCUCCAUUCAAUCCCAGUCUUCAGGGAUCCAUGAGCUCCGUCAACAGCGGCGAGAAGAAGAGGCGAAACGUGACGAUGGUCUAACAUUACGUUUACGUUUCCGUCGACGAAACUUACUCAACUUAUGUGUGACCUAAGGAGUAACUUAUACAAAUAUCGUAUCGAUAAUGAUGACUAGUCAUUGGAUUCUAAUUAAUACUUAAUUGAUCAGAGAGCCAGUUCUUCGCAUAAUUACGCAGUUGUUAAAUAAGACUGAAGAUUUUUUUGUAAUAAGUAAUACGAGAGAGGACGUGCUUAAUCAUCUUGUAAUAUAAAUAUUUUUAAAAAGUUUUGUACAUAUUUAGAAGUUAAU